AUUGAACUCAACUUUGUCUCUUCAAUUUUGUCCUUCCCCUGUUGGAUCUCAAUAAUUCUGUCAACGAAAGUCUUUUUCAAAAAUGGAUUAUCGACAGGCGAACACAGGUAACUCAAUGGAAGUUGAUCUGCAGAGUAACUCGAUGGAAGUAGAUGGGAGUGUGCUUGCUGAAGUUGUGACGCAAACAAUUGAACUUAUAGGAGGGGUAGUGGAAGCUGUAGCUGAGGUCACGGUUUCUAGGGAAACAAAACAAGGUAUGUUUCCAGGUGCAGGCCAACUAUAUGAAGAAGGUAAGCACCGAGGAAAAAUUCUGGGUGAUGGAUUUGUAGACAUUGGAGGUUUCGAUGUACCGAAAACAGAAGCAUCACUGUAUAAAGAGAUCUGGUUGAAUUAUGGGCACAUUGCUUCCAACCGAGUUCUUCCAGAUUCAUAUUAUUUUUCCCAAGUAACCAUUGUCUCUGAACUAAUGAGUGUUAUUGUGAAAAUGAAUGGCUGCACUCUGGAGGAGGUUUCUUCAGAAGUGAUUGGUGAUUGGGAAAAGAAUAUAAGAGUAGCAGAAAAACUUGAAUUCAACAUCGGCUGGCUUCGUCAGCGCUUGGAAGAUAUUAAGAUAGUUUUUUCUGAGGAUAAGAAGCUUCAGGAGAUUGUAGCGGAACAGGAUGAGGCAAAGGCACGGGUGAUUGAGGCUGAGAAGCAGUUGUUCUUGGAAAAAGAGAGACUUUCCGCCUUGGAAACUAAGAUUCCUCCCCUGCUGGUGGCGAAACAGAAUUUUCGAAACAAAUGUGGUGGUCCUUUGCUGCUUUUUAAUGGCGGCGCGAGCUUGUCACCUGUCACGGCUCCAGUUCAAGAUGAUGCAAUUCUGACUGAAGAACCUAUGCCUGAUAACAACAACUCUAAGAGAGGGCCUCCUACAGGAAUUGCAGGAAAAAUACGCUUUAUUUCUAGCCUCAACAAGUAGUCUUGUUGUACCUUAGUUUCCUUUUGAGUCAAAUGCAUAUGGAAUGUAUGAUUUUCCUUCUAUAAUCAUGUAGUAUUGCAUCAACCUGGUGAUGCGAAUAUGAAUUUUAAAAUCAUGUAAUAUUGCACUUUGGUAGUAGCUAAGUAGAGUUGGGUAGCUUUGCUUU